AUGAGCUAGAGUUUGGGAGAAAAUAUUUGUAAAUCAUGUAUGUGACAAAGGUUUUUGUCUAGAAUAUGUAGAUGGUCCCCAACUUACAAUGGUUCAACUUAAUGGCUUUUUUGACUUUAUGAUAGUGCCAAAGUGAUAGGCAUUCGGUAGAAACCGUCUUCCGAGUUCUGAAUUUUGUCCAGGUUGGUGACAUGCGCCGUGAUACUCUCACGUGAUGCUGCGCAGCAGCAGCGGGCCACAGCCAGCACGGGGGAACAGUCAACACACUCACAACCACUCUGUACCCAGACAGCUGUUUUAUUGGGACCUAACCCCAUCAUAAGUUGAGGAAGAUCUUGUAUGAGCUCUCUAAACUCGACAGUAAGAAAAACAAAUAAUCCAGUUAACAAACAGGCAACAAACUUCAUCAGACACUUCACCUGAGAAGGUGCAUGGAUGGAAAAUAUACGAGUGUCUUAGGGCUGCCAUAUAACAAACCACAUAUACCACAAACCAGGGGGCUUAAAAGAACAGAAAGUUGUUGUUAUCCUUCACAGUUCUGGAGGCUAGAAAUCCAAAAUCAAGGAAGCAGGGGGCCUUCCUUACUCUCUUAGCUUCUGGUGGGGCUGGCAAUCCUUGGGGUUCUUGCCUUCCAGUUGCGCCCCUCCAAUCUCUGCCUGCACCUCCUGUGGCUGCUUUCCCUGUGUCCGUGUCUAGUUCUCUCUGUAUGUGUCUGUCUCUGGGUCUCUUCUUCUCCUAAGGACACCAGUCAUAUUGGAUUAGGACCCACCUGAAUGGAGCAGAGUAUGACCUCAACUCAAUUUGAUUAUAUCUGCCACGACCCUACUUCCAAAUAACAUUACAUUCCCAGGUCACCCUGCCCCAUCCCACCUCACCCAUCCCCAUGAGAUGAGUGACACCCAAGGUCCUGACACAAUCGCUGCGGUUGGCACCCAGGUGAAGCUGGGUGGCUGGAGCCGUCAAGGUGAGGGCAGUGAGUCUCUCUGUUUCCACCAGCAUCAGGAGCUCCAGGCCUUCCUAAGCCUUCUGGAGCACAGUUUCCUCCAGGAAUUCCUCUCCAAAGAUCCCUGUUUCCAGGUCUCAGAUAAGUAUCUCCUGGCCAUGGUGCUGGUCUACUUCCGGCGUGCCAAUCUGAAGCUCAGCGAGUACACCCGCAGCAAUUUGUUCCUGGCACUGUACCUCGCAAAUGACAUGGAGGAGGACGUGGAGGACCCCAAAUGUGUGAUUUUUCCAUGGGCCCUGGGCAAAGAUUGGCGUCGUCGAGUGUCAGACUUCCUUUGUCAGAGGGACAAGCUGUGGGCACGGAUGGGCUUCAGGGCGGUUGUGAGCCGCCAGUCCUGCGAGGAGGUCAUGGCCAAGGAGCCAACCCACUGGGCCUGGACACGGGAGAGGCGCCCCCACCAUGGCAGGGCUCAAAGGAGCUACCCAAAGGCCCAGGUCCCCCUCCCCCGGGGCCCUGGCCUCUCACCACCCCACUGUCCCCUCUGCAGCUUGCCCCCUCGCCGCAGCCACUGCUGCCACCACCCCCGCCCCUUGCCUGUCGUAUCCAAGUGCCCUUCCCAAAACCCUGAAGGGCACUGCCCUCCCUCCCAAGCUAGUCUCUCAGUGGCUGAAGACCCCUGGGGUGGGGGCUUCCUCAUUGUCCUGCCCCACCAGCUGCAACUGGAGCCAGGCACCUACACCUUUCACAGUGAGUUGGGGAUACGAGCUGGGGGAAGCUGGGAGGCAGGUGUGGGGCCCAACAGAAUGGGAAGGAGGGGCAUGAGGCCUGGGGUCCAGAAGGCCUGGGCAUGUGUCCCAGCUCUGCAACCUGCUAGCCACGUGAGCCUGGCAAGUUUCCACUGAGCAUCUCUCUGUCCUUCUUCCCCAGUCCUCUCAAAGCCGCCGCCAUGCUCUCGGCGCUGACGCUCGCAGGGUGAACAGCCCAUCCGCUUGCUGCUGACCCAGCUCUCUACUGCUUGUGGUCCCCUGGCCUCCUGUCUUCUUGGCCUCAGACUGGCAGUGCUGCCCAUGCUCCCAGUCCCCUCCUCCCAACCUGCAACUUGUACCCACUCUGACUUGGCUCCUCUAAUAAACUCAUGGCCAUAGGACACCCA